AUGAAUAGCAGGAGUAACUAUAUCCCAGUAACUUCAGGGAGGACAAGUGUCAGCAUUGGUUCCCAUGGGAGGUCCAGGGUUUCCUCUGCCUCUUCCAGCUAUUACACCUCUUGUGGGUUAGACAGCAUGAGAGGCAAUUUUUCCUGCCGAAGUGGCUAUGGAACUAGCCGAAGCAACUUUUCAAGCAACAGUUGCAGUGGUGCAUUUAUCAGCAGUGGCUACAGAAGGAGAAUAAGUACAGGAAACUGUCCCAGUGGCAAUUAUGGUGGUUACCCUCAUUUGGAGUAUGGCGAUGGCCUAGUUGAAGUUGGCAGUGGUGCCAUUGGGAGCACACUUGGUGGGAUGGGCGGUGAUCCUGGUGUUUGUGGUGUCAUCUGCUCUUCUGCCAAUGGAAAGAUGAUGAUGCAGAACCUCAAUGACCGCCUGGCCAGUUACCUAGAUAAAGUGAGGUGCUUGGAAGCUGAAAACGCAGAGCUUGAGACCAGAAUCAGUGAUUUCUAUGCCAAGCAAGGGCCCACCAGUCAACUGAAGGACUACAGCCAUUAUUACCAGCAGAUUGAGGAGCUUAAAAACCAGAUUAUUUGUACAACUGUGGAGAAUAACAAGAUCCUUCUCAAGAUUGAUAACGUCCAGUUGAACAUGGAAGAUGUGAGACAGAAGCUUGAAAGUGAACGUAGCUUCUGUCAGAACGUGGAAGCUGACCUUAGUGGGUUACAUCCCAUUUUGGAUCAAUUGACCAGAUGUAAGACUGACCUGGAGGCAGAGCUUGAAUCUUUACAAGAGGAACUGUGUGGCCUCAAGAAGGUCCACGAAGAGGAAUUAAGACGUCUGAAUAAACAAAACAGUGACAUCAGUGUAAAAAUCAGUACCUGUCCUGGGCCAGAUCUCAAGAAAAUCCUGGAGGAGAUGAGAUGCAAGUAUGAAGCAAUGAUUGACUCAAACCGCAAAGAGGUUGCAAAGUGGUACAAAGACAAGCUUGAGGAGGUGAACCAGGAAGUUCUCACCAGCAGCAAGGAAGUGGAAGAUGGUAACCACAAAAUCAUUGAACUGAGACGCCAGCUGCAGGCCUUAGAGAUUGACCUUCAAGCUCAAUGCAGUCUGAGGGACACACUGCAAGCGUCUUUGGUUGAAGCAGGAUGUCGCUACAAUGCCCAGUUGGCUGACAUACAGGAUUGCAUCUCCUGCAUGGAGCAGCAGCUGGCAGAACUGCACUUGGAAAUGGAGGGUCAGAACCGAGAACACAAAGAGCUCCUGGAUAUCAAAAACUGGCUAGAGCGAGAGAUCCAGACGUACCGCAAUCUGCUAGAAGAGGGGCAGCAGCAAGACCAUGUAGGAGCAGGAGCUAGCCACCCAACUUCAGCUGGAACAAGAGGAGGAAUUACUUGUCAUUUGACCCAAGGACAAGGACAUCACCAUUAA